AUGUCAAGAUCACUUUCAAAAGUAGUCAAUACUACUGCUACUACACACUGCUAUGGAGCUAGAUUGAUUAGUAGUAACUUCUCUUCUUCUGUGAAUAGAGCAUCAUCAACAUUUACCACAUCAUCACCAUCGUCAUCAUUUACAACAUCUUCAUCUACAUCUUUAUCAUCAACACUUUUAAAGAAUCAUCAUACUAUUUGUAACAAUAUAUCAAGUAAUAGAAUUCAACCAUCAUCAUUGAUGAUCAAUAGUUAUAGUCAUCGUCAAAGAUACAACUUUAAUUUAUCAACAAAAACAACAUCAAAUCAAAGAUAUAAUUAUAGUAGUAGUAGUAAUACAAAUCAACAACAACAAAAUAAUAAUAAUAAUCUAACAACAAAAAAUAUCGAUAAUAAUGGACAAGAAAAGAAUCAUGAUAGAUUCUAUAAUCAAGAAGAUAUAACCGAUAGAUUAAACAAUCAUUUUAAUAGAAAACAACAAAGAAGAAUAUUAUUUGCAAGUGGUGGUAGUUUAUUAUUAAUAUCAAGUAUUGGUAUUGUUGGCGGUAAUAACAAUAACUCUAACAAUGAAGGAGGAAUGUUUUCAAAUUUACAAAUUAAAGAGAGUUGGAAGGUAUUGGGAACGAUUAUAGCAAUCAAUGGCAUUAUUUAUUUACUACUUCAAAACCCAGCAUUCUUUGCAAAGUAUGGGUCACACUUUUUGUGCUCAGUGUCCAAUGUCACGAGUCACCCACUCUGUCUGGUACUCUCCAACUUUAGUCAUCUCCAACCACUCCACUUUCUUUUUAACAUGGUUGGUUUGUGGUCGUUUGGACAGAGUGCACACGACUAUAUGGGUACACUGCCCUUUUUAGCGUUGUACAUGGGUGGUGGUAUGGUAGGCUCAAUGAGCAGUAUCAUACAAAAGUUGAUUGUACGUGACUUUGGUAUACCAUCCAUUGGUGCAAGUGGUUGCAUCUUGUCGGUGGUUGCCGCCAGCAUCAUGUUUGAACCAACCAAUCGAGUGUCACUCAUCUUCUUCCCAUUUGCCUCGUUUGAGAGUCAGUAUGUGCUGUGGGCACUCAUGGCCUUUGACGCACUCGGUAUUGCCUUUCUCAGUCGUUGGACAGGUUGGGAUCAUAGCUGUCACUUGGGUUCGAUGAUUGCUGGUGUCGCCAUUGCCGACUCGUAUCGCUACAAAGCACGUUUCCAACACUUUACAGGUACCGGAAAGACAUGGGUCAAGGACAAAUUCACCUAUGAAGGCUCGUUCAAGGACGGUGCCAUGGAUGGCAGAGGCGCACUCCACAGAAUCCCCGAAAACGAUGUAUACAAGGGGACUUUUGUUGACAAUCAAUUUGUUCGUGGUCUAUUGGUUCGUAAUGGUGAAACUUUUAAUGUUGAAAGAAGAUAA